CCAGGCUGUUGCUAAAUACUGCAGCUAAUCUUACCGCGGAUACAAAAUACAUACACGUUAAUUACAGCAUAAUUAAAUGGCUUUCAAAAGAAAACCCGCUGUUAUCAUUCACGUGAAACAGCCAGGACAUGGAGCCAGCGCGGUGUCGACUGGCUCCUCUCUGCUGUUAAAGGAAAAAGCCGAUGUACAAACGCCUACAGCAGCCAUGAUGUUGAGGGAAAAGCAGCCACAGGAUGCUGCAGAGGAGGAGAAACUGGCCUCUUUAAGUGAAAAUGUGCGACAGAGGGAACUUCCAGGUGGUGUUUUCUGCUCUAAAGUUCGAUACGACAUAUUAGAUGUUCAGCAAAUGGUGCCGAUUAAAGAAGAAGCUCCUGAAGAAUGGAGGCCUGGUGGAGACUCAUUACACAUCAAGGAGGAAGAGGAGGAACUCUGGCCCAGACUGGAGAGAGACAAAGAUGCUUCUGAAGAAUGGAGGCCUGGUGUGGACCCACUCCACAUAAAGGAGGAAGGGGAGGAACUCUGGAGCAGUUUGGAGGAAGAGCAGCUCAAUGGGAAGAAGGAGACUGAUUCCGCCAGCUUUUCACUCGGAGCCUCUCCUCUGAAAAAUGAUUAUAAUGAAAAGAAACCUCUGACACAGCUUCAACACCAAAUAAAAGAAGAAGAUUUUCCAUCCUGCAGCUCAGCUCACCAGAUAAAAGCUACAACCAGGGGAGAGGACCGCGGAGAAGUCGAAACUAGCAGAAACCCAGAUCUCAUGAUCUCUGAAGACGAUUCCAACUCUUUAGAAACUGAUGUCAGUGAUGAUGAUGACGAAGAGGACGACACUGUGGACAAUCCUGAUUAUUGGCUGAAACACGUCACAGACUCUGYCGCAGACGCUAAAGGCAGUGAUGAUGACUGGAAGACAAGUAGGGCAUCUGAGUCAGGUGUAAACGCCGGCAACACACCUUUCAGCUCCUCUGAGUGCGAUAAACAAUUCACCAACUGGUCUUUCUCUGGAKAUGAGACAAGUAAUUCAAACAUGGUGUCUUCAAGCAGUUUUGUUCAAAAGAACGGUUUUAGAGUGAAAAAUAAUUUAGACUGCCACGGAGAAGUCCAGAAAUUGUUUAGUUGUAACAACUGUGAUAAAACAUUUAGCAGAAAAACAGAUCUAAGAACACACACAGAAAUCCACACUGGAGAAAAACCCUUUGUUUGUGAUAUUUGUGGACAAAGAUUUACCCGGAAGACGACUUUAGACAUACACGCAAGAAUCCACACGGGCGAGAAACCCUUCAGUUGUGAUUUCUGUGGACAACGUUUUACCCAGAAGUCCACUUUGAUCACACACAUGAGAAUCCACACAGGACAGAAACCGUUCGAAUGUGUCGUCUGCGGACGGGGCUUGAGCCGGAGGACGCAUUUAAACAAACACAUGAGAAUCCACACGGGACAGAAACCUUUCGGGUGUGAUGUUUGUGGACAAAGGUUUAUCUGCAAGAAGAGUUUAGAGACGCACAGAAGAGUCCACACAGGAGACGAGCCGUUCGUGUGUGAAGUUUGUGGACGAACUUUCACCCAGCAGGGAUCUUUGAUCACGCACAAGAGAAUCCACACGGGGCAGAAGCCGUUUAAUUGUGACGUGUGCGGACAAAUGUUCAGCCGAAAGACCAAUUUAAACACGCACAUGAGGAUCCAUACGGGAGAGAAGCCGUUCGGUUGCGAUGUGUGUGAACAACGGUUUAACCAGAAGCCAACU